AUGCCCUUGAAUAAUAUUCUCGAAGUUGAGUUGUUUGAUGUUUGGGGCAUAGAUUUUAUGGUACCUUUUCCCCUGUCCUGUGGCCAACAAUACAUCCUGUUAGCAGUAGAUUAUGUAUCUAAGUGGGUAGAAGCAGUGGCCUGUGCCAAGAAUGAUGCGUCCACUGUAUCUAAGUUUCUUACUAGGAAUAUCUUUACACACUAUGGAACGCCAAGAACCCUGAUAAGCGACGAAGGUACGCACUUUAUUAAUCGCAUCAUUUCCAAAUUACUUGCAAAAUAUAAUGUUAGGCACAAGAUUGCCACUGCCUACCACCCUCAAACAAACGGUCAAACGGAAGUAUCGAAUCGAGAAAUCAAGUCCAUCUUGGAAAAGUUCGUCAAUGCAACGCGGAAAGAUUGGGCACAGAGGCUGGAUAAGGCGCUCUGGGCCUACAGGACUGCGUACAAAACUCCUAUAGGAAAGUUGAAAUCCAGGUGGUCAGGACCUUUUAUUAUUAAAGCAAUCUUCCCAUAUGGAACUGUGGAAAUAACUCGAGAAAAUGGCACCAACGUGUUCAAGAAAUACGGGAGCAUCCCUCUGAGGGAUGAUCAUGAAGAUGUCGAUGGCUUAAUAGACAUAAAGUUAGUAAAGUGUCUACUUCGUGGUUCACCACAUCAACCUGCCUUACCUGCUAAGGAAGUGGCACCCAAGCCUCGAACAUCAAAACGCGCUCCCAAAAGAAGACGCGUCCUGAUUGUUGAACAUAACAAUGAAGCUUCAGAGCAUGAAGAACAUGAACCGGAGCCUGAACUUCUGGCUGAAGAAGCGCAACCAGCCCUUGAUUUUACUUCCCAUGACUCACCAUUGGCCCCGCCAGAAGGGAGUCCUGAUCAAACGCACCAAGAACCAACUCUUAUAGAUCAGGGCAUCCCUUAUUCUCUUUCUUCACCCCAACCAAGUCCAAUUCCCAACUUCGUGCCUCUUCCAAUAAUUUUUUAG